UUGAUAGGCCCGUCGCCCGGUGCAUGGGACUCUAGUCAUGGUUUCUGUCUCUCAGUUUCUCUCGUCGAUUCUGCCCAAGUGCCCCCGUCCCAUCACCCCCAUAUAUAUAUCUUGCCUUGACCAGCACUCGCCUCGCUUCCCGCUGUAUGUGUUAUGCCCUGUCGUGUCCUUCGCCAUGCAUAGGAGGUGCGCUGGUGCGAGUAUACUCGUUACAAUAUGUUGUCAUGAAUGGUGAUGCGCGCCCCCCUCGCCGUGUGUGUGAUAGUGAGAAUAAUGACGACGACAUUUGAAGUUUGUGUGAAGGCUGGUGGUGGCGAGUAUGUUGGGCGGAGGUGAGGCGGGGAUGGCGUGAUGCAGCGCGAUGUCGCCAAUUCUUCACGCGACAUGCGUAUUUUCGGCGCCUAUUCACUAAGGAGCCCGGAACCUGAGUCUGGUUAUAACGGUUGCACAGGCCGCUCUCAUCCCCAGCCACCACCUCCGCCACCAUGGCCUCCUCAUCCUCCAAGGCAUCCUACCUUUGUGAUACCCUACCGCCCGCACGAUUGGUCUCUGUAUCCCCGCUGCCGCACGCGCGAUCGCCCACCCCGUCCGUGCCCGCCUUCGAGGCACCCAUCGUCGACAACUCGGCUCUCCAGCUCGUGACAAAGACAGUCUCGCCAUCGAACGGGACCGGCAAACCCACCGCGGACUACAUCCAGCCUCCGGCGAGGAAGCUGUGCGUGAGGCACCAGCGGAUGGCGGACGAGGGCACGAACUUGAAGUUACAGCAGGCACUCGAUGCACUCCCAGUCGAAGAGCGAGAGGCCGUCAGCGCCGUGUGGUCGAACUUCUCCUCGUCCCCGCACCCGCGCCGGGCCCUCAUCCUCCAUGGCUUACUCACCAUGUGCUGCUUCUCCCAACUCUCCCUCCUCUCCGACCAACUUGCACAUCUCAUCCGCCUGGACCCCUUCGCUGUCGUCCCGCGCGAGGUCUCACUCAAGAUCCUCGGCUACCUCGACGCUACAUCGCUCUGUCGCGCCGCGCAGGUCAGCAGGCAUUGGAAGAGCCUCGCCGACGACGACCUGCUCUGGAGGGGGAUCUGCGAGCAGCAUAUCGGACAGAAGUGCUUGAAGUGCGGCUGGGGCCUGCCGAUCCUGGAGAAGCGAAGGAUGGUGCGCAUGCCGUCUACUCGCUCGCCUUCACCCCCGACCAGCGAGAGCGCUGUUGUGCGAGGCAAGCGUGUUGCUGCGCUGGAUGAUGCCUCGAUGACCGACCGACCCUUGAAGCGACAACGACGUGACGACGAAGAUUCGCUGGCAGAACAUCAUCAUUCUCUGGCGGCGGUCGCGGUUCCACAGACCGCGGCUGCCCUCGAACUCUCGCCAUCCCCUCUGGCUACCCCUCCUGCCCAAGGACCGUCUUCCCGUUUGCCGAUGUUGACUAGACCGUGGAAGGACGUCUACUGCGAGCGGCUACGCAUCGAACGCAACUGGCGGCGAGGCCGCUGUACCGUACGAACUCUCAAGGGCCAUACGGAUGGCGUCAUGUGUCUGCAGUUCGACGAGACGCUCUCGCACCCUGCCUUCCCAGUGCUUAUCACCGGCUCGUAUGACCGCACCGCUCGGGUCUGGAACCUGGAGACGGGUACGGAAGUGCAUUGCCUCACCGGCCACACGCGUGCCGUGCGCGCCUUGCAGUUCGACGCGGUGAAGCUCAUCACUGGAAGCAUGGACCAUACCAUGAAGGUGUGGAACUGGCGGACCGGGCAGUGUCUGCGAACGCUCGAGGGUCAUACGGAGGGCGUCGUCUGCCUCAAUUUCGACGCGACUCUCCUCGCGAGCGGGAGCGUCGACACGACGGUGAAGGUCUGGAAUCUCAAGACGGGAGAGUGCUUCACGUUGCGCGGACACUCGGACUGGGUGAACGCGGUGCAGCUGUGGGACGUCAACGAGACGUCUGGGUGCUCUAGCGCUGCUCCGUCCAUGCUGGACGUGAAUGCGACGGACGCACCUCAGCCGAACGCUGGCAAGAUGCUCUUCUCAGCGUCGGACGACGGGACGAUCAGGCUCUGGGACUUGGCUUUGCGGAGUUGUGUACGGAUAUUCAAGGGCCAUGUAGGACAGGUACAGAGUCUGAAGCUUUUGACGUUGGACGAAGACAGCGAUGACGAAGACUCGUCAGACGAGUCCGAGGCCACGAAUGCGCAGCAGUCGUCCGAAAGCAGCCCAGGCGCAGCUGAUGAUACGCCUCGCGUCCUGAUCUCCGGGAGCUUGGAUAACACCAUUCGACUGUGGGACAUUGACUCGGGGAAGGCGACAAAGACGCUGUUCGGACAUAUCGAAGGCGUUUGGGCCGUGGCCAGUGACAAAUUGCGACUCGUCAGCGGCAGCCAUGACCGUACGAUCAAGGUGUGGGUUCGCGAGGAAGGCCGAUGUAUGGCGACUCUGGUCGGACAUCGCGGCGCGGUUACCUGUCUCGCACUUGGGGAAGACAAGAUAGUAUCCGGAAGUGACGACGGGGAUAUUAGACUGUGGAAUUUC